AUGACUGCUGGUAGGACUGAAAACAAUUUUUCCGAAUGUGGCUCCAGAAAGGUGGCGAAACAGAAACAUGAAGCUGCCAAGUCAGACAGAUUCUACAUCUUCAACGGAUUUGUUAAUCAUGCUAAGGAACGCAGUAGGUAUUUUGAUCAAUUUUAUCAGAUUUGGAAUGAGUAUAUGUGGGUUGCCUCAGAAAAGUGAUGAUGAAAAGAAUCAGCAACUAUUUGUUGGGAGCAAAAUGAACAUAGAAGAGGAUUUAAUGAUAAUCUGAUAAACCCAAAGGAUUGAAAACAUAUGGGUUACUUACCAGAACACUGCACCCACACUAUUCCAGUGACUUAUAACCCAGAGACAAUCUCUCUAUGACCAGGGACAGGCUGGAGAAAUAAUUCUGGAAUCCAUUGGAUUACCCCCAAUGGGACCCACUGGAUAUGUGCGACAAACUUGUGGCUGUGGUUGCCACCAUGAUGGGAAAGAAGGUGUACUUCAGGAUAUGCUUUCACCCAUGGAAAUAUUUUAUCAUCUCUAGAUCAACCCCUUAUUAAUAUCCCUUACUUGCAUGCUUGUUGGGCAUGAUCUGUCUUUGCAAUUCUGUAGGAUUACUUGGCAGCUGUAUGUGUCCCAUCACCAGGAAUGACAGAUAUCAUGCUGAGGGUAGAAGUUUUAACUUACUUUACCAAGCAAGCUUUAAUCGAUGAUGAAAUGAAAGCUAUAAAGGCAUUUAAUACUGAACAAGUCCUGAUGAAAAAGGCUGUCCUUCAAAAUGGAAUGACACUAGACCUAACAGCUGCCCAAGAAGGGACAUGUGCCAUCAUAAAAGCAGAAUUUGUAUAUAUUCCUGAUCUCUCUGAUAAUGUAACUGUUGUGUUAAAUGAUAUCAGGAAUCAAGUUAGGGCAAUGUCUAAUAAUAAUUUUCCUCUGUGGACUUCUGUUUCGUCUUGGGUAAAAGGGGACUUGUGGAAAAAUGUAAUGCUUAUCGUAGUUAUUCCACUACUAUUGCUAUUCCUUGGCCCUUGUAAUUUUAACUGUGCUACUCAGCUUGAUGCAUCCCAUCUAGGAUUUAUGUUCCAAGUCCACCCCUCGAGAUGGGCUGAACUACCACCCAAAGGAGGGAAGGGGAAAUAUCAGGAUAUGAUAAAGGAAUUUGACCAAAUCACUCAGUCCCAUGACCUUACCUUCAAUGAUGUUGAUAUCACCUUAUCCUACAUCCUCUACCCCAAGGAAAAGGAAAGGGCCUGGUUGGCCACUCAGGCCCACACAGAUGACCUCCACUGGCAAAAUAAGACCCAAAGAGUGAGGGCAAUACCAGUCCUGAGACAGGCUCCAAACAGACUCUCUGGUCGAUUCCCCAGGCUUCAAACUGCAGAGUCACUUGGAAGAAAUAUUUUCUUAAAUCUUCCCUUCAUCUCUGUGUCUGCACCUGACAUAAGGCACAGAUUACAAAAGUGGGAGGAUGGCCCUCAAACCCCUCAGCAGGAUGUCUUCACCCUCACCUUCAAGGUCUUUAAUAAUCAGGAUAAAGAGGCUGAGAGCCAACACUUAAAAAGAGAUCAGGGUAAAUACGAAAUGCUGGCAAUGGCCACUCAGGGCUCCCACAAAUACAGGCUCCCUCAGCUGGACAAUGGCUCCAAGACACUCCAGGCCCAUGCUGCAGGUGUGACAAGAGAGGCCACUCGAAACCUCUCAGGGGAGGGCCAUGUGCCUCCCUGA